AUGCGCUUUGUUCCACCUUUCCUUGCGGGUGCAGCACUCGCAACUUACUACCGACCUCUGGACAAGUCGAAAUCUGCAUAUUGCUACGCGAGUAUUGAAAAUGCCUUACACUUUCAACCUAAACCAAAGCCCGGAAAAGUUUUUUCCCAACGAUACCAACCGUAUACCCUUGGGGAUGUUGUUCCGAUAACACAUGACACUGCUCUUUUUCGUUUCCUUAUUGAUGGAAAUGAAGAGUUUAACCUAAAGCCAUGCUCCACACUACAGGCAUGCUACAAAUAUGGCGUGCAACCUAUGGAUCAAUGCCAGCGCUUCUACACUCCUGUGACGGCUAAUCACACGAAAGGUUAUUUCGAUAUUAUUGUGAAGCGCAAGCAAGGGGGACUCAUGACAGAGCAUUUAUUUGGUAUGCACAUAGGAGAUAAACUUCUGUUUCGAUCAGUCACAUUCAAACUGCAGUAUCGUCCGAAUAGGUGGAAACACGUGGGAAUGAUAGCGGGUGGCACUGGGUUCACUCCAAUGUUGCAAAUCAUCCGUCAUUCGCUCCAGGAAGAAUGGGACAACGGUAUGGUUGAUCGGACUAAAUUAUCUUUUCUUUUCUGUAACCGAACGGAGAGACACAUUUUGUUGAAGGGACUCUUUGAUGAUCUCGCACAAAAGUAUUCCAAUCGUUUUAAGGUAUAUUACACAAUUGAUCAGGCUGUCGAGCCUGACGUAUGGCCGCACUACACCGGACUCGUAACAAAAGAGAUGGUGCAUGAGACCAUGCCGGCACCGAAUGAGGAAAAAAAGAUUAUAUUAUUGUGUGGUCCCGAUCAGCUGUUGAAUCAUGUCGCUGGAACACCAAUGGGAACAAUGAACACCAUGUCGAGUGGAAUGAAUAUCCAACCGAUGGCACCAGACCUCAAUAAUUUAGUAAAUCUUGGGGGGAUAUUAGGGGAACUCGGGUACUCCAAUGAUGAAGUUUAUCGCUUCUAA